CCAAUUGUAUGCAUAAGCGCACGCAAUCAAGAUACCAUCCGAGUAAAUUAUUUUCUACAUGCAAAAAGGUUCAUCUCCUCACCCUGUUUUGAUCUUUAAAAAUUCCCAUUUAAUUCUAACUGCAACUUGUCACUUGUAUUUUAGGCUUCUAAAACAAAGUGCAAACAAACUACUAAACCACGGUCAAAAAUCGCAUCCCGCACCAUGGAUGUUAAUCGAAUCCACCUCUUGAUUAUCCAACUUCGCAAACGGAUUAGAGGAUUAUCUUUGAUUCAAGAUCGUAUCCAAGAUGACGUAAAUGAUUUCAAAGAUGGAGAUCCGAAGCUCAGGGAGAUUUUCGAGGAAACUCGCCAACACUAUCUCGAUCUCCUGGGUAUCACAGUUGAACAACUACGUGAGGCAAUGGAGACGUCUGAGAUCGAGCUCCCACCUGAAGAGAUUUUCGUCGAGAGAAUAAUGAGGAGAGUUAGGCCGAUUACGAAACGGUAUCUCGAGCGACUCGUCCAGACAGGAAAAAUCACCAAAUGCGACAUGGAGUGUAUAAUCGACGGAGAAUACACCAGCGUCGAGGCGUUCUUCGAAGACGUAUACAACAACGUUGAAUCAUUUGGCGAUAAAGAUAAUACGAAUUCCUCUUCAAAUACUACACAGUCAACAUCCAAAAUCGAAAUAUACGACGAAGAUGGGUUCCUAACACUCAUCGAUGGUGCCAAUCAAGAUGGUGAACAAGGGGAUUCUGAAGAUGAUAACUCCGAUCCUCAGAAAAAAUCGCCUACGGAUGAACCAGGGACGUUGGUCCUAAGCUCAGGGGACAUAAUACCCCCGAUGAAGCUAGAAGCACCGGACAAGCCAUCAGAGGAUAUAGAAAACGAGAUAGAGAAACAGCCAUCUCCUAAGGCAUCGAAAUUGGAUUUUUCUGCGCCAGAUAUCUUAUCAGAAGAAGAGAAGGCCGCGCCAGAAACAGAAAGCAGCGAUUCCAAUACUUCAGACGGAAGCUCUGCAGUCGACUGUCCCGUGGAUGACAAAGAAGCCAGCUUGCCAGACGUAGGAACCUCCGAUCCUGAUGACUCGGACGUAAGCUCGCUACUGAAUGGUUCUGUGGACGAGGAAGAACCCCCGCAGCCUUUCCUCCGUGCAAUCCCCAAGACGAGCGCACACGCGGACGGCGACUCGGAUGAGCAAAAAGAGGGCAGCAACAGUAGCGACGAUAUACUGGAUACUUGGCUACCAUCCCACCAGAUGUUCUACUGGCAGUAUGAGAUCAUCUUCGCCGCAAUAUUGACCUCGUUCAGAUUCAAGGAGAGAUUCCAGUCCGCAAGGGACGCCUACAAGGCCGAUCCAUUUGCCGAUUGGGACUAAGGGAAGCCGACGCUUUGUACUUAGGAAUAUGGACCUACCCAGUUCAAAGGUUAUCUUGCCAAUAUAUGUUGGCUGGCUAUUGCUGGCGUGCGCGUACCAUGAUGUGCAAAAGAUAGGGCAAGGGACGUUCGACUGAAGUAGGUAGCUAGUACCUACUAAACGAAAGAAAGUAAAUAAAUCGUUCACAAGUA